AUGGAGGAGGAUUUAAUCGAUUUGAAUAUCGAUUUAAAUCGCGCAAUAGAAGAAGUAAUGUAUAAUUAUGAAGAGAAUCAUAGAGAAGUAUACGACGUUGAAGAUGAAAGCAAAUCUCCGCAAAUUAUGGUUGCAGAUCAUUGUAUUGAAGAAGGUUCAAUCAUACAUUCAAUUGAUACAAACCACAACAUCUUUAAAAAUCCAAAUAAUGAGCAGCAACAAAACAUUGAUAAAGAAUUUAAUAGAUAUAAAGAAGGAACCAUUGUUGUUAAUGGAAAAUACUUCUACUGCUCUACUGUUGGAAUAAGAGACACUCUUAAAAACAAAGAACUCAAAAAUGAAGAUGAUCAAUCAGAUACAAAGAAGAACGAAAGGAGAAGGAGAGUGAUGAUAACAAGAACAAAAUGUGAAUCUCAUAUAUUUGCAAAGAAUAAUGAAAAUGGAGAUUUUGAAAUAGAAAAGCAUGUAGUGGUUCAUAAUCACCCAUUGACAAGAGAAAUAAGUAAUUAUCUCCACCGAUCGGAACGACAAAUGACAGAGCCUAAACAAGACGCUAUUGAGGCAAUGUUAGAAUGUGGUCUUAGACCAAUGGAGUCUUAUAGAUAUAUGUCAAUAGAAACUGGAGGAGAAGACGGUGUAGGUCAUACAAUGAUUGAUCAUCUAAACUACUGCUACAAGUUAAAAAUGAAGCAAAUUGAUGACAAGGAUUCACAAACACUAGUGAACAAACUGUAUGACUUACAAUCAAUAGAUCCUGAGUUCUUUUUCAGAGUAAGACUCAAUGAUGAAGGAAAAGUUGAGUGUCUAUUUUGGAGGGAUUCAAUGAUGAGAGAAGAUUACAAAAUAUAUGGAGAUGUUCUAGUUUUUUAUACUACAUUCAGAACAAAUAAGUACAAUCUCAUAUGUGCUCCAUUUGUUGGUAUCAAUAACCAUUGA